AUGGAGAACGGCGCAGUUACCCAAAGCGAGGGCAAGGACCCUUCCGGGUUUCUGAGCGAGAUUAUCGGGAACCCUGUCACCGUCAAACUCAAUUCAGGUGUCGUCUACAAGGGGGAGCUUCAGUCGGUGGAUGGGUACAUGAACAUUGCGCUCGAGAAAACGGAGGAGUUUGUCAACGGCGUGAAGCGAAGGAACUAUGGCGAUGCGUUCGUCAGGGGGAACAACGUUAUGUACAUUUCCGCCGACUAA